GAAGCGUCGACUUGGAUCACCUGCAGCAGAAUGGAUAAUGGAAUACAGGGAUUCUUCAAGAACAAAACCGUCUUCCUAACGGGCGGCACAGGAUUCCUGGGCAAAGUGAUAACCGAGAAACUGCUGAGAACCACGGAGGUGAAUCGGAUAUACUCCUUGGUCAGACCGAAGCGAGGAGUGCCCAUCCAGGAACGCAUCUUCACCUGGGAAAAGGAUCCGAUAUUCGAGGUGCUUCUGAAGGUCAAGCCGGACGCCUUGCAGCGAGUGUGUGCCAUUUCCGGGGACUGUCUGGAACCGGAUCUGGGAAUCAGUGAGUCGGAUCGGAGGAUCCUAGCGGCCGAGGUGCACGUGGUCAUCCACGGAGCUGCCACGGUGCGAUUCGAUGAGGCUCUGCACCUCUCGUUGGCCAUCAAUGUCCGGGCCACUCGGCUGAUGCUCCAGCUGGCCAGGCAGAUGACCCAACUGGAGUCCUACGUCCACGUGUCCACCGCCUACUCCAACUGCAUCGUCGAAGACAUCGCGGAGCGUUUCUACCCGGAGCACUUGAACUGCAGCGCGGAUAAGAUCCUCAAGUUGGGAGAGCUGGUGAGCGCUGAGGUCCUGGACCAAAUGACCCCUGCCCUGGUGGCGAACUUUCCCAACACCUACACCUACACGAAGGCGCUGGCCGAGGACGUGAUCCUGCAGGAGGCGGGCGACCUGCCGCUCUGCAUCUUCCGACCGGCGAUCAUAAUGUCCACCUACAAGGAACCCCUGCAUGGCUGGGUGGACAACCUGUUUGGACCCAUGGCCCUCUGCUUUGGCGGAGCUCGUGGCAUUAUGAGGGUCACCACGGUGGACAAGAAGGCCAAAAUCAGCAUGGUUCCGGCCGACUUCUGCGUCAAUGUGGCUUUGGCCUGUGCCUGGAAAACGGCGGAGUGUUCUGUACAGAAGGGGAACGUGAAGAGUCCUCCGAUUUACACCUUCGCACCCAGCGAGGGCAACCUGUUGACUUAUGGUGACUUCAUUAGGUCACUGGUUGUGUACCGCGACCUCAUUCCGCUGACCAAAAUGCUGUGGUAUCCCUUCGUCUUUUGCAUCACCAACCAGUCGCUCUUCCCGCUGGCCGCCUUCUUCUUCCACACUCUUCCCGGAUAUUUCUUUGACUUUCUACUACGGCUUAAGGGCAGGAAGCCGAUUCUGGUGGAUCUCUACCGGAAGAUUCACAAAAACAUCGCCGUUCUGGGCCCCUUCUCCAGUAGCUCUUGGAAUUUCGACACGAAGAACACGAUGAGACUGAGGGAAACGAUGUCCAAGGAGGAUCUCGAAAUCUACGACUUCGACAUUGCCCUUUUGGAUUGGCAUGACUACUUGAAGUCCGCCAUGUACGGAAUGCGCCUUUAUAUUGGCAAGGAUCAGCCAACAGCAGCUUCCAUUGCCAAGGGUCUGAAACUGAAGAGCCGUCUGAAGAUCCUUCACUAUGCAUUCACAUCCUUGCUGAUCUAUGCAGCUGUCUACGUCCUUUGGUCGCUAGUCAAACUAGUAGUUUGAUUUUCUUAAAAAGUUGUGUAUUAUAGGUGGUUAAAAUGCGCUGCUGCUUAAAUAUGCUGAUUGCAUUAAUUAGAAAAACGGAAAAACACUUCUACAAGUUUUUUCCCUGUUCGGAUUUAAUGUUGCGCAAAUGGUUCAAGUGGUAGCGCAUUUUAACAGAUUGAAAGAUACAUAAACUAUUAGUUUUAUAAGUUAUUGAAUUUUAAUAUUGAUGGGCCAAAUGUCCUGUCCCAAAAUGUCUAUGAUAAAUAUAAUCAAAAUUUUAAGUUCUGUGACAUAUAUUUUAUACAAAUACCAUUUUUUCUAAUAAUCUCAUCAUUCUAUUUCAGUCUAGAAAGUUUAAUGUUUAUCUUUAUGUUUUGAAAUUUAAAAAAAAAUAUAAUUAUUCCAAUACAA